CCUCAACCCCCAGCCAGACAGACCGAGCUGGACAUUCCGCCGCGCUGAAACAUUCCCCACCAUUCUUCACAGCCCGUCUCAGCUGCUCGUGAGUGGUUGAUGGGCGGCUACGGGCUGCAAGGCUGAUGGCUGCUGUAACUGGCUGCCGUUUAAACGACGACCUUGGUCCUCGUUGCCGAUGCCCCUUCAUCGCACCCACACUCCCACACCCGUUCGUACACGUACGCAGACCAGCUGAGCCUUUCAAAUAGCAGAGGGAGAGUCUUCGUCGCUCAUUUCUGUUUCGUCCCGUCCUUGGCGCCGCUCCCCAGUGCUUUCGCUCCGCAAGCUCGCAAGAUUUCCGCUCGCCAUCCUCGUUGCAUCGAGCCGCCUGUUUCGCACACAGAAACCACUCUGCGGCGUACUCGUGGGCUAUUGGACCUUUGUUUCAGUCCCACUACUUCGCGAGUCGCAGACGAUCACCCUUCUGGUACAGGUCAUCUUGCAUUGCGUAAAAGCUUGGUAAAAGCUUCGUCUCGUCGCCGUCUCUAGAAGCACAAGUCUUAAAGGCCGGCAAAAGACAACGGUUCGCGAUUCUUCUCGUGCUGAGUGACGUGCUUCGAGAACAAUCGGCCUUGCUUGGCUUGCUGUUGUUAUGUGCCUUGAGCUCACGGAGCUUGUUGAAGAAUAGCCUCUUCUCUCGAUUGAUCCCCUUCUUGACGUCCUCUUGCUAUUGUCCAAGACAUCCGAGUAUAAGAGAAUCGUUACCCCCAACCCUCCUCGAAACUCAAGACGGUUGGAAACGUUCAUAAUACAGUCUCGAGCAAUCUACACAAAGCAACGAGCACCGCAAUAAUGACGUCUCAACCUCUCAAUCUCCAAACCGUGGGGCUGCCUUCCAUUUCUGAGCCCGACGCCGCUGCAACGGCCUCUCCAGCACGAGGCAAGGCCAUGGUUGCCGCCCUCCACAAGCGCCUCCGCCCAACCUACCCUCUCGUACACCAAUGGGAGUUCUGGCACGAUCGUCAAGAUCGGAAGCACUCGCCCGCUCCGGAUGGCGGCCAACCCAAGGACGCAGAUUCCGCGUACGAGCAAAGGCUCGUCAAACUCCUGGAUAUCAGCGACGUCAAGCACUUCUGGGAGCUGCACAACAACUUUGACGUCAAGAGCAUGUUGAAGCUGAGGGACAGCGUGCACCUCUUCAAAAAGGGCGUGAAACCGCUGUGGGAAGAUCCGCGGAAUGUACACGGCGGCGCGUGGACAUUCCGCGUACCGAAAGAUCAGGCGCCCGAAUUUUGGAUGCACAUCUGCUUGCUAGCUAUUGGGGAGAGACUUCAAGAGGCGGUGAUAGAUCCUGGCAGAACGAAGUUUCUCGACGACAUAUGCGGCGUCUCUUACUCCGUUCGCUUCAACAGCAUGCUCAUCACCGUGUGGAAUCGCGACGGCGACCAUGAGGCUGGAAAGCAGCGCAUCCUUGAAACGGUCCUGCGCGAAGUGCCCGAACACCUUAUCCCUAAGCGCAGCGACCUGUACUACUACAAGAAGCACUCGAGCCAUGCGGGCUUCACUGCGCCGGUCGCCAAGGACGUGGCUGCGCAGGACAAGGUUGAUGAGCAAGUUAGCAAGGAGGCCGUCCCCGCGAUCACGGAGCCAGAGGCCACCGAGCAACAGAUGGCGUGAGGGAGAAAGUGACAGCUGUGGCUGGAACGCCGAGUGGGAACGGUUUGAACGGAACACUAUGGGACUUGCAUAUAGACAUUAGCGUUGCGAAAGAAAUUGAAAGCAUGGACAAGAGGAGCUGGACCUGCGAUUUUGAUCUUAUUUAGCGACAAAUGAUUCAAAGCAUCGCCAGUCAGGAAAAUUCUGCACUGGUCAGGGGAAUAAAAAACCAAACACGAAGGCGGUUCAAUCUGUCUCACUGAAGGCAUCAAACCGCCACCUUCGAUCCCUUAGCUAGCCUUGACUGCACAAUACAUACACCUCAACCUCAAACGCCAACUGAUUGCCGCACACUCUCGUUUCGGUAUACCACGUAAAAGUCAAAGCAAGAACCC